AAUUUACUACACGUGUAGUCCCCCACACUGCUGUGCGCUCCUCGUCGAAUCUUGUCCCACCAAUCUCUCUCUCUCUCUCUCUCUCUCUCUUCAUUUUCUCUUCACUCUUCACCUAUUUUUCCCCAAAUUGUACGCACCAAACUCACACAGAUACGAGGUUGCAAGAAUCACAAUGAGUCUGGCAUGUCUUGUGUGCCAUAGUGUGGAUAGUCCAUCACCGUCACACUCUUUCAGGAGUUACUCUGUUUCAAGUGCAGAAAAUGAAGGAAGAUGUCAUGCUGUUGCAACCUGCUUAACCAGGAAAUUAUCUCUUCCACCCUCUACAUUUCACUCUUUUCUUGCACCAUCAUCAUCCUCCAAAGUGACCCCACAACCUACUGGUUCAAGUAACAACUUGAUACCUGGUACACCGCGGCUUGUACGAAGCCGUGCCGUGACAAGGGACAGAGUAAGAAACUGGAAUUUUGAUGAAAUUGCAAUGGAGUCCUAGUCUAAACUAUAAGAUAGAAUAAGACUAGGGAAUUUUCUUGUGGGAUAGUUUAUAGCAUGUUAUUGCUAUUUUGCCCCUUUGAAUUUUGUUAUGGGUGCAAUUUAUCUCUUUCUCUAGUUUUCUAGUAAAAGAGUAUGACAUCUGUAGCCAUGAAAAAAUUCUACGGUGUGAUUCUACUUUAUCUGGCAUUUCCUUUUGAUUCACGACCGGCUAAAACUAAAAAAAUUGGUCUAAUUAUAAAAGGGACACUUAUGUCAA